AUGGUAGCCGAUCGCGCUUCAGUUUCUCGUAGUAACUCGGGCUCUGACAGCCACCGGGAUAAUUCCUCGUCUCCGAUUCCAGCAGCCGCGAUAGUGGCGGAUGACGAGGCUACAGAUGAUGACGGCUACCAUGAGCCAAGUGAUGGCAGCUCAAAUGCAUCCACGUCUAUGGCUUCAAGCGUUCGAGACUACAACUUCGAGAACAGACGUCGCUACCACAAGUUCAAAGAAGGCCGCUAUAUGUUACCGAACGACGACAUGGAACAAGAUCGUGAAGAUAUGAAGCAUGCUAUGUUGGUACACGUAUGUGAAGGAGCCUUGCAUAACGCCCCCUUGGUCAACCCUCAGAAGAUCCUCGACAUCGGCACUGGCACUGGAAUUCGGGCCAUGGACACCGAUAUCACCGGUCUUGACUUGAGUCCCAUUCAGCCUGCUUGUGUGCCGUCAAACGUGCAUUUUGUGGUCGACGACGUCGAAGCUGAUUGGCUUUAUCCGGAUGACUCGAUUGACUACAUCCAUGUGAGAAAUAUGGCACCAGCACUCAAAGAUUGGCCUAGGCUGCUCGCGCAGGCAUACAACAGGGCUCUCAAACCGGGCGGCUGGAUCGAGAUGCAAGACAUGGUGUGGGCAUUUGCUUCCGAUGACGGCACAGUUGGCCCGGAUUACACUCCUAAGAAGACGGUGGACCUUCUAAGGGAAGCCUUCGAUAAGUUUGGGGUAGAUCUAGAUGCAGCUGAUAGGUUUGGCGACCGCAUCGAUGCCGCAGGCUUCGUCAACCAGAUUCAUGAUGUCGAAAAGGUGCCUGUGGGCACUUGGCCGAAAGAACCUCGUCUGAAGUCAGUCGGUAGCUAUUGUGCUGCCGUUAACUACGAUUCAUUGGGAGGAGUGACCAAUGUACCAUUUACGAAGUGUUUAGGUUGGACGCAGUUGGAGAUCGAGAUUUUCCUGAUUCAAGUGCGCAAGGAUUUACUGGAUAAUUCGAACCACGCGUAUCACUGGUAUCACUCUUACUCUGGCCAGAAACCUUUGGAGGUGGAGAGCUCGACUUCGUAA